AUGCCGUGUGUUCGUGAUCCAUUUCCAUGGUGGUUGCCAUUAGCUGUGUCCAGUUCAGUAGUUACGAUCACUAUAUUCUUAGGCAUAUUUCGUUGGUUAUAUAAAAUUUAUUCACGGCAUAAAAGAUUGAGAAUUAAAUCUUCUCGACAAAUUAUACAGUAUAAACAAUUAUCACCAUUCGCAAUGACUCAUCAGCGUUCAUUAAGUCUACAGAGUACAAAUGAUGGCAUAAAUGAUGAUUAUCCUGGAUUGUUUAUUGAUAGUAGAGAUGACCAAGAAUUUGAUGAUUUUACUGAGUCAGAAGAAAAUAUCAACUUAUUGAGUAAAAAUUAUUUUCCAAGUAGACAUUUAGUAAAUCGUUACAAAAAAUUACGUCGUAUUAAAACAGUGUACGGAAAGAAAAGUGAUGUAUCAUCCAUACCAGUCAUUAAGAUUAAUGAUAUACACCAGCAGAAUCAAUCACACUCACCAACCAUACCGAAGAGUAAUAUAAGCAUCAGUCCACCGAAAUCGCCAACUACAGAUCUCCAGUCCUCGCCAACAUGUCUGAAAACACAACAAGAUAAGUAUCUUCGAGAUAUUUUCACCGUUCAGCCAUCAAAUAAUGAUAUAACAAUCUCUGAAAAUUCAACUCCAUCUUAUUGGGAAGAGACGGGUAGAUGCAGCUUGUUAAUAAACUGGUUUAGACAUACUCGUUUAGGUAUGUCUGCCAGGCAACAAUUGAAUAUGAAAUUAUAUUGUGAACGGUUUACUACCGUCUCAUAUCCAGCUGGUAAAAUAAUGUUAACGGUAUACAUUCUUCUCAGUACGUUCUCAUGGCUGUUUUACGUAGUUGAAACGAGAAGCAAUCCUCCAGUGAGUAUUCGUGGUAUCUGUCAUACAAUACGUUCCAAAAUUCUCAGUUGGAUCAAUUUUGGCAUAAACUUAUUCUGUCUGGGUUAUUACAUUUUAAAGGUAAACUAUAAUUUGAUAUUUUUAAAAUUAAACUUUUCAGUAGUUUAUAACUACCUUUCUCUUGAUUUGGCAAUUUUUUCUUCGCUAAUUGAUGUAGUUGCAAUUCCACCAGCUUUAUGUAGUGUUUUUGAAACACAUCGUCAUAUCGAUUUGAAUUUCCUUCGUUCAAUGUGUUUCUUAUACUACGUUGACAUACUUACGUAUAUGGGUGUAAUAACCUCAAAUCAAGGAAUUCAGUCAGCGCGUAUCAUGUUCACAUUGUUCACUAUAUGGAUGGUCGGUAGCGGAAUUAUGCAUGUGAUUGAGCAUUUAGGAGAUUUUUGGUUGAAUGAAAAUCAUCGUGGUACCUGGAGUUACUUUGAGGCAUGUUAUUUUCUCUUAGUAACUCUAUCUACUGUUGGUUAUGGAGACUAUGUAACGCAUACGACAUUGGGCAAAUUAUUUAUUUGCAUAUUUAUACCUGUUGCAAUGGGUGUUUCUGCAAGUUUCGUACCAGAACUAUUUCGUAAUUUCAAUAAUAACUACGCUAAUUCCUCUGACCGCUAUGAACCAAUCUCUGGUGAACGGCAUGUUAUCGUUUGCGGAAAUUUCGACAAUGACAGUAUACGUGCUUUCAUCAAAGGUUUUCUCUACGGAUGUCAAGCGAAGGGACGUGUGAGAAUAAAUAUGGUACUUUUAAGACCAUUACCACUGGAUUAUGCAUUGAAAGCAAUUCUUAGCCCUUAUCAUGCUUGGGUUCGUUAUUUCGUUGGCACACCAAAUAAUCCACAUGAUUUAGCCAGAACUAAGUUAAAAGAGGCGCGUGCUGCAAUUGUCCUGGCUACACCAAAUACAAAGUUUCGUGAUGAUGAAGAUGGCGCAAAUAUCAUGCAAGCUAUUGCAUUGAAAGCUAGAAAGAAAAACCUACGUGUCAUUCUUCAACUACACAAUUUUAGAAAUAAGUGUUUAAUGAACAAUUUUCCCCGUUGGACAUAUUUAGCAAAUGAUAUGGUAGUUUGCAUGGAGGAGCUAAAAUUGGGUUUAAUGGCUUACAAUUGCCUAGCGCCGGGCUUUUCAACACUGAUUGUAAACCUUUUGAAUGCACAUGGAAGUAAAUCAAGGAUAUUCGAGUAUGAGCAAUGGAGAAUAGAAUACGAAUACGGAUUCCGCAUGCAGUUACAUGAUGUUGGUAUUAGUCAUGAGUUCUCAAAUUUGUUUAUGAGAGAUUUAGCCAUAUUUGUUUAUGAAAAGUGGAAUCUUAUAUUAUUAGCUGUACGUGUCAACGGAUUAGAGAAGUCUUCAAUGCUAAUAAAUCCAAUUGAAGUAAACUGUCCAGUGAAUAAUAAUUCAAUGCGUGCAAUAGUCAUUUCCAGUGAUUAUAGUUCUGCUUUAAAUUUGCAGUAUUAUUGCGUUACAUGUGAAGGGCAUUUAAUUGGAAGACCGUGCAGAUGUAGGCGUCCUGUAUUAGAAAAGAGAAGAAAGCUAACAAUAGCUAGAGACUUGGCACUUUAUGAACAAAUAGGACAGGCAAGAGAAAAUGCUGUAAAGGCUGAGACAUGGUCAAGUGACAAUAGAUCAACAUCCUUUUUUCGCCAUUCAUUUACUGCUACAUCACCUGUUUUAUUAAAUGAUAAGAGGAAUAUGUUAUUUGAACAACCUCGUGGUCGAAGUGAAACAAGAAAAAAUGCUGUGAAUUCACGAAAUUUAGUUCUUCCCAAAGAAAUCCCACCAAGGUGUCAAAAUUAUUCGCCCACACGAUGCCAACCUCAUAUACCACAGAUAGAUCGUACUGGAUCAUUUCACUGGGUACCGGAUAUGCCGUUAACAAGAGCUACGCUAAGCCCAAAUCAAGCAGCUAGUCUAAAUUUUAGCAAACAUUUCCUAGUAUGCGUCGCUGGAAAAUCAACAAAUGGCCCACUUAAUUUGGAGAAUUUUAUCAUGCCACUACGUUUCCACUGGCAGCAUGUUCGCGAUAUUGUGAUUCUUGGAGAUAGCCAUUUAAUUGGUCCUUUAGAAUGGGUGAAACUGAAAAACCUUCCCAGGAUCUAUAUUGUUGAUGGUGAUCCAUGCAGUUUCAAUGAUUUACACUCAGUUCAUUUAUGUCAGUGCAACGCCUGCGUAGUACUUGGCUACAGUGCGGAGGAACCUCAUUCACAGUGCGUUGAUGCAAGUUUGCAGGAUAGAAUUACGUUAUUAUGCGCCAUGAAUAUUCGUUCAUUGCUACAAAAAGAACAACAUUUGGUUCAUUUAACAACCGAAUUAAACUAUGAGAAGAACGCUUACUUGUUCAGCUCAGGUGAUACACAUGAAAAUGACUAUAAACUUCCAGUAUGGUUUAGUGAACCUUUUGCGAGAGGCAUAAUUUUUAGUAACACUUUGUUGUAUAGCUGUUUAAGUUCCUUCUUUUACAACGAUAAUGUUUUCCGUUUUCUUCGAGUUUUAAUUUCUGGACAAUCAACCGACGAACUGGAAGCAUCAUUUUCUGUUGGAGCAGGUCUACAGCAAGGUACAGCAUGUCAGCCAACUCGCAUGGCUGGAGUAAAAGUCUCCUUGCGUGGAUUUCACCAUGCCCCAUUCAAAUUCUUGGCUAGAGAACCACGUCGAAAACCAAUGACUUUUAAAGAAGUGUAUAUGCGCUGCUUAACAUGUUGGCAAAUUCUCUGUCUUGGGCUGUAUAGAUGGCAAGAACAUGGAUUUCGUUAUGUCAUUGCUAAUCCAAUGCCAGAAACUCAAAUUUAUGAAAAUGAUAUGUUUUACUGUUUCAUGCCAAUCGACCAAGAUGAUACAAAUAAAAAUUGGAAAUUUUCAGAAGUUCAACAACCCCAGCCAUGUGAAAUUCACCCGCAAACUCAAUAA